AUGAGCUCUCUAGAAUGUGUCAUUUGUCUAUCUGGUUAUAACGACACAGACAGAAGGCCAUGCAUUGGAGUUUGCGGACACAGUAUUUGUGAAUCAUGUAAAUGUCUAAUGAGAACAUCCAAAUGCCCCCAUUGUAAUCGAGAAGAGGCAUUUGCAAUAUUAACAAUAAACUACCAAGUAUUAGAAUUAUUAAAACAUGGUCCGCCUCCGAAUACUGUUUCCGGUGUGCGAUCUGAAAAGUUUGAAGAAGGCCCUUGCAGCGAGUGCGGCACAAUGACGCGAAAACUUCGGAUCUGUGUUCAAUGUGGUGUUAAUUCAAAUAUUCUCGUGAUUAAAAACGACGUUGUCACAAUUAACGAAGAAGUAAAUACUAUUGAAAGCGGUUUAUUAGCGGUGCGAAACACGGCAAUUUGUGGUGACUGUGCUCUUGACGGAAUUCACAGCGCACAUAAAAUAUGUGGAUUGGCUUUAUUGAAAAAGGAGUACGAGAAUUUGUUGCGAAGCGAGACAAAAGAUCGAAUAGAGAAAAAAAUAUCUCUCGAUGUCGGUAACCAAAUUCAAUUCGUCGAAUCAUAUAAAAAAUCAUAUCCGACAUCUAACCCUACAAUAGCCGACAUGAAUCCAGUUUUGAUUGCCGACAGAAAACAAAGCGUAAGAGAGCCACUUCUCGUCGGAAUUCUUGAUCCUGCCACAGAUACAUGGUCUUCAAUUGGAAGAAUGCCAAAUCCAAAGUCGAAUUAUGCUGUUGCUCAAUAUAGCAAUAAGAUAUUCAUAGUUGGUGGAAUGAAUGCAGGCACGUGGUUGAGCGCUUUAGAAGUGUACGAUCGCGAUAAGAAUUUGAGAAAAGACGGUGCGAAAUUAAAAAAUGCACGAACACGAACAUCGGCAGGAUUUUUUGAUAAGAAGAUGUUUGUUUGCGGAGGCUAUAACGGAGCUUAUAUGAAUUCUGUCGAAAUUUAUGAUCCUGAUACGAAUACAUGGGUCGACGGGCCAAAUCUCAAAAAGCAUCGAGCAGACUGCGCUGUUGUAACUGCCAACGGAGAACUAUAUGUUCUUGGUGGAUAUAAUGGAAAAGAAUACGAGGAGGCGAUUGAGAAGUACAACAAUAACACGCGCCAAUUUGAAAUUGUUGGAGAAAUGCAAGGAAGUCGAGCAGGAUUUGGAGCCUGUUUCUUCAGAGGACGCAUUUACGUCGGAGGUGGAUGGAGCAAUUCGAACAACACGCUUCGCACUACAAGAAGUUAUGAUCCGCUAACAAAUGGAUGGCGAGAAGAACCAUCUUUUGUUCAUGAACGCAAGUACUUCACAAUGCAUGCCACCAGUGAAACGAUCUACGCCGUGCGUGGAUGUCGUGACAACUGGUCACUGAUUUCUGAGGUCGAGAAACUUGAUUUGCGAUCCAAUCAUUGGAAGCCAUUUCCGUGCAAUCCACUUCCAUUGUCUCCUUCUACGAGUACUAGCUCAUCCCCCUCAAUCAAUUCUCCACCGAUUGCAUAA